UGAUUACUUUAAUUAGCUUAUAUCGUGUAUAAAUAGUUUAAAUUUGAGAUGAUUGUAAAGUUUAUUUUCAAUAUUGAAUGAUGACAGCAUCAACUUCAUGUUAGUUUUUGAUGGAUCAUUAGCUCACUCACCUACCCAAGAAAUGAUACCGUUUCCAUUUAGUCGAAUCGUAAUAUUUACAGUACCUGAGUUUUAAUUUGCAAAAGAUGAUUUUAUUUAACGUUAAGGAACAUGUGAAGUACAACAUGUUCGUGCUGACACACAGCCUUCCCCAAUCCGUGGAUCCCAUCAAAUGCACAAUAGCGUUCUUCACCCUGUCUUCCUUGGAUGUACUCGACAUGAUGGAUUCCAUCGAGGAGAAGAAAGAGCAUUACAUCAAUUGGAUAUACAGGUUUCAGAUCGAAGAUGAGAAUGUGGGCGGUUUCAAGAAUGAUCAAUGUUUUGAGAAUGAUAUCGCCAAGUGCGCUCACAUAGCUGGAACGUAUUCAGCUUUAAAUAAUUUAUUAAUUUUAGGAGACGAUUUUAAGAGAGUCGACAGGGUAUCAAUAAUUAAGAGUUUAAGACAAUUGCAGUUGGAUGAUGGUAGUUUUAUUGGGAGCAAGAAAGGAACUGAGAAUGAUAUGAGGUUCGUUUAUUGCGCUGCCUGUAUUUGCUACAUAUUGAAUGAUUGGUCUGGGAUGGACGUUGAGAAGGCUGUUGAUUACAUUUUAAAGAGCAUAUCGUACGAUGGGGCUAUAGCACAAGGUCCCGAAUUGGAAUCCCAUGGAGGAUCAACGUAUUGCGCUGUAGCCACCUUAUUUCUAACUAAGAAUUUAGAUAGGCUGUCGAGCAAACAAAGGGAUAACUUGAUCAGAUGGGUAGUCAAUAGACAGCUGGAAGGUUUCCAAGGGAGACCCAACAAAAUGUGGGAUUCCUGCUACACCUUCUGGUUGGGAGCCACGUUGAAGAUGCUCGACGCUUACGAGUACAUAGACCAAGAACGACUUGAGAAUUUCGUGCUUUCCACGCAAUGUUACAGAAGCGGAGGAUUCGGCAAAAACUCGUCAAGCGACGCCGAUCCAAUGCACACUUACUUGGCUCUAUCCGGGUUGAGUCUGCUCAAGACGCACAAGUGCAAUGAGGUGAUGCCAGCUCUGAACAUAACGUACAGGGCUUACGACCAUCUACAGAACGUACACGAAGCCUGGAGGGGGUGAUGUGAAAAAUGAAAUCGAUGAAGAAGAAAAGGUGAAAAAUAACGCUAAUUAUACAAAGAUUUUAAUUAUUUUAAACUAUAAAAACCGUUGUAAAAUUGGA